GAGCGCACAUAGGAAUGUUCGAAGUCAAUUAUACAUAUAAUUUCCCCAUUGGUACCAAAAAAGGAACAAGAAAUUUCAAUUCUCCCUUGUCUUUCCGAUCCGCCGAUUACCGGAGCAAGUUUGACCAAUCCACCACAAGACCCCAUCCCUCGCCGCCGGCAAAUUCUCUUCUGUUUAAAUAACUCGGCGAUUCCUUCAAUUCAUUGGUUAGCCGAACAGAUAAGAUUGCCAAAAAUGUCGUCCGGUGGUUCUCCCGGCAAUCCGCUGCUCCCGGUUUCGGUCUCUCCCGGCGACGAAGAGAAAGAGAAGCUCAUCAAAGGAGACGAGAAGGAGAAAUUCUUUAGAGGCUCCGCCAUGACCAAACGAGGCGCUUACGCUGCCAUCUCGUACAUGGCUUGUGCCGUUCUUCUUGUAAUGUUCAACAAAGCGGCCCUCUCUUCGUACAGCUUUCCAAGUGCCAAUGUCAUAACACUCUUUCAGAUGAUAUCGUCAUGCUCGUUCCUGUAUGCUUUAAGGAGAUUGAGGAUUAUAUCCUUCAGUGCAGCUGAAUCUAUGACUACUUCUGAUAGUGGCAGUGUUACUUUUGUGCCAUUGGAGACGUUGCUGCAUACUCUUCCUCUGUCGAUUGCCUACUUGCUUUACAUGCUAGUUACAAUGGAGUCGGUGCGUGGAGUUAAUGUUCCCAUGUACACUACUCUGAGGAGGACUACGGUAGUAUUUACAAUGAUCAUGGAGUACUUUCUUGCUGGCCAGAGAUACACAUCUCCGAUUGUUGGAAGUGUGGGGUUGAUAGUUUUUGGUGCUGUUAUUGCUGGGGCACGGGACUUAUCGUUUGACUUCUAUGGAUAUGCUAUUGUCUUCUUGGCCAAUAUCACGACAGCCAUAUAUCUUGCAACCAUAAGCCGCAUUGGUUUCACUCUUGAACUCUUCUCUUAUAGUUUCACAUUUGUCGGUUGUCUUCAGUGUCUGAAAUGUUCCUUCAGUAAACCUAACAUGUGUCGCAUUGUAUGGUUUGCAACAUCUUCUUUUUGCCAGGAAAGUCUACUGGCCUCAAUAGCUUUGGACUUAUGUGGUGCAAUGGUAAGAGUUAUAUGUGGACCUGUUCUCCUGUUUUGGACAUUUAUACGUGGGGACUUGGUGACGACAAUGCAUUUCCCUGAUCUUUUUUCACCUGGUUUUGUGGCUGUGAUGGUUCUUUCUUGCGUACUGGCAUUCUUCUUGAAUUACAGCAUUUUUCUGAAUACAACACUCAAUUCAGCGCUGACACAGACAAUUUGUGGCAAUCUCAAGGAUUUCUUCACUAUUGGGAUUGGUUGGGCAGUAUUUGGCGGACUCCCUUUCGACAUUUUUAAUAUUCUUGGCCAAUUCCUUGGUUUCUUCGGCUCUGGGUUGUAUGCUUACUUCAAGCUGAAAGGGAGAUAACUAAGUCGUUUUAACCACCACUGCAAGGUGAACAACAAUUCACUUAUUGGAAGUCGGUUGAACUGCCUCUGAUACUCGAGUCACAUUACUCCUUUGUAUUCUCAGCAAGACAGCUUAACAGAUUGGUAGAAGAUAUCUACUACUCGAAGGCCGGUUCUCUGGGUUCUGGCUUUUCGUGUGUUAUAGCAACUGACCUUAUUCGGGCUUACAAGUUACAUCUGACUGAGUCCUGACUGCAGAAAGUUCCAUUGGAGGCCGCUCGCCUAAUGACUGGGAAUAGUGGCAUGUAUAACGGGUCAUGCAUCCUUCCAAAUUUUGGCUUUCUACUCGUACUGCUG